GUUGGUGAGAAGAAAUCACCGCCACGGCCACUAUCCAAAUCCCCGUGUUCCUCCACGCCACCCGCUCGCUCCCAAGCCUCGGCCAGCAGCGGCGGAUAGAGACUAAAGCAGCAGCGCCAGCAGCGCCCGGCAGCGAGGGGGGCCAUUGCCCUGUGUUUGCAGUUAGAGCCCCAUCUUUCUGCUGUGAUUGUUAAUAGACUGGAAAAGUCUCUGUGUCUCUCUGUGUCGCUCACUAAGUAACCGUGAGUUUUUACCAAUUCAUCAUCUCUCACCACCGAGUCCCAGCGGCGGCCGAGAGCAGGUGGUGAUCACCGAGUCCAAGUGUGUGUGUCUCUCUCUCUGUCAGGCAGCAGCAGCAGCAGGGCGUGUGCGCGCUAGGGUCUCUGGUCGGUGGCCACAGGGCAGUUUCCUCCUCGCCACCUCCUGCUGCUCAUCCCUCCACCACCACCUCCACCAUCACCACCUCCACCUCCUCCACCAGCCUCAUGGCCUUUGAGAGCCUUUUCUCCAAAUCCCCCAACCCCGUUCUUGACAAAAACAUGACAGACUCUGAACAUGCAGGGGACGAAAGAGAAGAUGGUGAAUUAGAAGAUGGUGAAAUAGACGAUGCUGGAUUUGAGGAAACACAAGAGCAACCAGAAACAAAAGGGAAUGACAAACAGAAAAGUGAGAGAGCCCACAGAAAAUCAAGAAAGAAACGCAAGAAAGAAAAGGAAAAGAAAAAAUCUAAAAGGAGAAGACGUGAGAAACACAAGCAUAAUUCUCCCUCUAGUGAUGAUAGUUCAGACUACAGCCUUGAUUCGGAUGUUGAACAUACAGAAAGGUCCCAUAAAAAAGGAUCUAGCUCCUACAGGGAUUAUGACUCAUCAUUUCUUCAGCAUGGACAUUUAUCAGGAAACUACAUGAUAUCACAGAAAGGUCAGCAUAAUAAAAAAUCAAAAAAUAAAGAUUAUGACGAGUAUAGUAACUACAGCGAUGACAACUUUGAUAACUACAAUCAGGAAACAGAAGAAGAUUUUGCUGAUCAGCUUAAACAAUACAGACAAGCUAAAGAAACCUCAAACCCUGCUUUAGGAUCACCAUUUCAUAAAGAAUCAGGGAAAAAACAAGGAAUGAAAGGAGUUCAGCCAGUUGAGCAAAGGAGUAAAAGUUUUAGUGUUUGUCGUGGACGUGGUAUGCCGAAGAAACUGAAACGCAAAGAGCGUGGCAGAGGAAGAGGCAGUAAAGGACCUAAUGCUUUUUCUGGAACAGAUGGUUUUCAAGAGGAUGGUAAACCUAUGAAAAAAUGGGUAAAUAUGAGUCAAGAGUUCAUUAACCAGCAUACAGUGGAACAUAAAGGAAAACAGAUUUGUAAAUACUUCCUUGAGGGGAGAUGUAUUAAGGGAGACCAAUGUAAAUUUGAUCAUGAUGCAGAGUUGGAGAAAAAAAAGGAAAUCUGCAAGUUUUAUAUACAGGGAUAUUGCACCAAAGGGGAGAAUUGCAUUUAUAUGCAUAAUGAAUUUCCUUGCAAAUUUUAUCACACGGGAGCAAAAUGUUACCAAGGAGAUAAGUGCAAAUUUUCCCAUGCACCUCUCACUAAAGAAACAAAAGAACUUCUGGACAAAGUCCUGAAUACUGAAGAAGAACCACAGAAUGAAGAUGAAAGAGAGUUAGAAGAACUUAGAAGGCGUGGCAUUGCUCCUCUUCCUAAACCGCCUCCGGGAGUUGGCCUUUUACCAACCCCGCCAGAGCAUUUUUCAUUUUCAGAAUCAGAAGAUAAUUUUCAAGGAGAUCUUUCUGAUGAAUUUAAGAAAAUUCCUUCUCUCUUUGAAAUAGUUGUAAAACCUACUGUGGAUUUAGCACACAAAAUUGGGAAGAAGCCACCAGCAUUUUAUAACAGUGCCUCACCACCAGGACCACAGUUUCAGGGAAACAACCCACAUCCUCAGAAUAUGUACAAUUCAGGGUCAAGUCCAGGUCCUGGUCCUAACAUGUCUCAGGGACACAAUGGUCCGGCAAUGCACCCAGGUUCCCCUGGACACCACCAGUGUACAGGUCCUCCUGGCCCAACAAUGCCACAUAGCCCACCAUUGCAACCUGGUCCACCUGGAUUUUUAGGGCCUCAUAAUCAAGCUGGAGGACCCAUUCACCCAGGUCCACCUUUAACACCACCUGGUAUGAGUGGUUCCUAUAACUCUAUGGGAGUCCAGGGACAUAUGAUGAACAUUGCUAUGGAAAAUCACUGUUCUUCAGGUCCAUCUUACCAGCAAGGUCCCAGUGACAUGCAGCUCAAUGCCAACUACGAGUCCCUACAAAACCCAGCUGAAUUCUAUGAUAAUUACUAUUCACAUCAAGCUGUACAUAAUUUUCAGACAGCCAGUAACUCUGGUGAUGGAAUGUGGCAUGGUGAAUUUGCUGAACAUCAACCUCAUAUGGCUCAAGACUCAUUAAACAGUGGAAGUGAGUCAGAUUGCAUCAACACAUCAGGCCAUAAAACUGCUAUAAAUGUACCAGAUUUCCUUCCUGCAAUGCAGAAAGCCCUCUUUGUAAGACUUAGUCAAAAACAUCAAGAGGAUGAAGAACCAGUUGGUCACCAAUCUCAAAGGACAUUAAGCAAGGAAGAAGAUGAUAAUGUUAACUGGUAUUCCAGUAGUGAAGAAGAAGAGGGAAACAGUGUCAAAUCUAUAUUGAAAACUUUACAGAAACAAACAGAGACUCUAAGGAAUCAACAACAACAUUCCACAGAGCUUGGUACUCCUACUGAUCCAAGACUUGCUAAAGACAAAAAUAUAGGAAGCCAAGCUGUUGAUCCUAGACUUAGGGCUGUCCCAAGACAAAGCUCUAGAAAACCUUCUGAUUCUGCUCCUUUUGAUCCUAGACUUACACGAGAUCCUAGGAAAUUAAAACUUAAUGAAAGUGGUCAUGCAGGUCCUUCUGUUGGUGGAGGAAAGUUUGACUUACACCAUACAAAUUCUGGAGUUAAAGUCAAACAAAAAGGAAUAGAUGAGGAAGAAGAAGAAACAGAAAGAGAGCUGAGAGAGAAAGCUUUCCUAAUACCUUUGGAAUCUUUACCUGGUAUAACACUACAAGAUCCAAGGUCACAGCUUAGACAAUUCAGCCAUAUUAAAAUGGAUAUUAUCCUGACCAAACCAAACUUUGCAAAACACAUUGUAUGGGCUCCUGAAGAUUUACUUCCAGUGCCCUUACCUAAACCUGACCCAGUUUCAUCAAUCAACUUACCUCUUCCCCCACUUAUAGCUGACCAGAGGCUAAACAAAUUACGUAAUAUAAAUAGUGAUCUUCAUCAAAGUACAAUGCCAGCUGAUCCAAGAUUAGCAGCAAAAGCCAAAAAUAAUACUACAAGAAGUGGAUACUUGGACCAACCUGGAGAAAUCCAUAGUCCAGGAAAUAAAUUAGGGGAUCCUAGGUUGCAAAAAAAUAUUGAUCCUAGACUUCAUAGGCUGUCCAGUACAGACCCUCAUCAUGGUAUUGCAAAGGAUCCUCAGCCAUCAAAAUUUGAUCCACGUUUGGCCAGACCUAGUCCUGGUUCAUCACAGACCUCAGGGGCAGCAACUAAUAAAUCUGAGUCUGAUCCUCUUCCUCCAUAUGCUCCUAAACUGUCAGCUUCAACUGGUGUUAGACUAGGAGCACCAAGCUCUAUUCUUAGUGGCAUUAGUUUGUAUGAUCCAAGGGAACAUGGUUCAUUGUCUUUAUCAGAUCCAGCACCACUUUCUUUGGGAGAGAAUGGAGAGAACCAGAAAAAAAUCAGUGGCUUACAAAAUAAUGGCAAAAAUGAGCCUUCUCCUUCAGAAGCUUUGCAGAAGACCACUCCAAAUUUGGAAAAGACUACAGAUGGACCAGUUGAUCCACAGUCAGAUAAACAGAACAAUACUGUUAAGACUCAGGUUAAACUUGGGUCCCCACACUCCAGUACUGCACCAGCAGUGCACAACCUUCCGAUCCAGGCUUUAACAGGAUUGAUAAGACCACAGUACAGUGAUCCAAGACAGACAAGACAGCCAGGACAGGUGAAUCAAAUGCCAGAUAAUGAUUCAAAUGGAGAAUCAGAUGAUAAAUCCCUGAAGGAUGUUUUUAAGACUUUUGAUCCAACAGCUUCACCAUUUUGUUAGCAAUUGCUUUAUUAAAAAAUUCUUUUUACUGUUGUAACUAUUGCAGUUCUCUGCUGUUUUGUAACUGGUUUACCUCUAUGCUUUAUUUAUUUUUAAAUUAUAAUUAUCAACACUUUUUCAGCUGCUAAUUCCAGAACCACAUGCAGUUAUAUGCUCUAAUGUUUGCAAAGAUGUGGUAUUUUCUACAUAUUUUUUCAACUUCAGGGAGACUGUAAUAAUUGACACAUAGAAACAGGUGUAUCACAUUAGAGCUGAUGAAAGCACUUUUUGUUGUAAAUAAAACAUCAUGAAAAACUCAGCAUUCAACCUAUGUAUGUGCAAACUGUCUUUCAUAAUCAAUGUUUAGACAAAUAAUUGCCACUUUUGUAUGAUGUAUAGUUUGGAGCAAUACAGUGUACAUUACUUUGAAAUAAAUAUUUCAGACUAAGAUCUGGAUUUAUCAGGCUAACUGAAAUAUAAACAAAUGAAGUAAAAAAAAUCUCAAUUCUCAUGUUUUAGAGCAAUUGAUGUUAAGGACAUCACUUUUAUUCAUUCUGUCAAUAUUUUUUGUGUAAAUCAUAACUAUAUCAUCUAAACCAUUUAAAAUGUCAUAUCUUUUCAAAGUAUUUUCUUCUAUAUUGUAUAUAAAAUUUGUGAAGUAUGUAACUAAAAUGUUGUUAAAAGGUGAGAAUACCUAAGUUGUUUAAUACAAAACUUUUUAUUUAAUUUUUCACAUAAAACAAUUCUGAAUUAGUGCUAUAGGUUACAUUGUGGUGUUUAUGUAUUUCAAUGUAUUUUUGUAUUCAGCAGCUUAAUUUGUAUUGCUUUUUUUGUAUUGAUGUUACUGCAGUACUUGUAUUCAUCGUGUCUUCAGCAUUUUUAACAAAUUUUAAAAAGAUAUAGUGGGAGUCUAUUAGUGACUAUUAAACUGAUAAUGUUCUAAAUGACCAGGUACCGUAUUUUUACUCAUAACUCUUGGAAAAUAGAAACUACCUGAACUGAUCUUAUACAGAGAUUACUGAUAUAAUCAACUGUAAACAACUACCAGAGAAGAACCUCUUUUAAAUCUAGCCCAGUGGGCCUCAACCGUAAAAGGGACUAUCUUGUGUUUUGAGUAUUUAAUGUUCUCAUGGUUUGUAAAUCUCCUAAAUUGAUUAGAAAUUGUAUUUUUAUAAAACCUUGUAUUCUUGUGUAUUUAUUAUAGUGUACAAAUAAUGGCUAGCCUAUUUGUUUCAAACUUUGUCAUGCACAUACUCUUUAGAAGUGAAAAAUAAGUAUUACAUUGAUACUCAUAUAUCCUAAGCUAAAGACAUAUGAUAGUGUUUGCUGGUAGCAAAUUCAGUAGGUAACUUUGAAAGGAGGAUUUCAUUAUAAAAUAUAAUGAAAGUAAAAGUUAAGAUUUUUAAACUUAGCCUAGAAAUUGGUCCUCAAAUAAAAAUGACCACUUUUACUAAGUAAUUUUUAAAAUUACAUGGCUAAUUGUUUCUGUGGGAACCUGUCACCUUUGUACCUAGGUACUCAGAUAGUAGCAUAAGGUUUAAUAUUAAUGCAUGUACACUCCUUUUUGUUCAUUAUUUGUUAUUAUUUGACCUGAUUACAUUUUAUACUGAAACUGAGUUGCAUUUAAAAUAACAAAUGUAUGUCUAUUCCAU